AUGAGCGUGCUGAUGUCUACACUAGGCUGGGCCGGCUUCGGUCUAGCUUGCCGAAUGUGGCAGCUUGGCAUCCAGAAGCGCAACGUCUUUGACGGACUGGGAGGUCACGCAGCCGCAAUGGGCGUCUUCGGAGGACUGGGAUUCUACCUACACGGAGCGAACGAACGAAACAGAAGGGGAAAGGCGGCCAAGCGGAGGAGGAGGAGGAAGAGUCAUGACAGCGGCAUGUGGCAUGGGACUGCUUCUUUGACGCGCUUGUUCGUGCAAGGACAGAAGUGCAUUUGCGAGCGAUACAGAGUGUCGUGCUUGACUUAG